AUGCUUCGACUUCUCGCUAUUUUCAGUAAUUCCUCAUCCGAGGAUUCCGCAAAUAAAAAGGCAAAAGAAAAAAAAACGCAGUCAAAAAAAGAGGCCGAGGAAGCAAUAAAAGAACAGCCAGAGGUUAAAAGGAAAAACGAACAAAAUGUUCAGUGUGACGAAAAGAAGAGUAAGAGCAAAAAGAAGCCUCAAGUUAAUGACCCACCAAGCGGGGAAGGUAAGGACACGAAAGUUAAAAAGAAAAAGAGCCACGACCGUGACUCCGGUUUGGGAGAAAUGAUUGAUAAUGAUGAUUUUCAUCCUCCUGGCUUUAAUCGAGAGGCCACAACGCAUAGACGUCACAAGAAAAUUCCUCAAUAUGGUUAUUUCGACUCGGAGUUAGAUGGUGUAUUUCCCAAUGGAGAUCGAUCUCGCGGACAUGUGGCGAGGUUGAGCCAUCCUCCCAAAUCAAGGGCCGGGCAUUUGUCGGGAUGUUCGAAUGUGCCCACAAUUUCAUCACCUUCUCUGGUGACUAACAAAUCUUCGGCAAGUUUUGACAAUGGCACCCGAGCACGCCAACAUCUGAGUCUUUCAGCAAAGAAUCAACAUUGCGAUGUUGUCUCAAAUGGUGAAUUAGGUUGUUGGGAGGAAAGUUACAAUAACCAUGAAGCUCGUAACCUAGGUGUCCCCCCCUUUAGCACCCCAGCCAUGCCUAACAGUCGUGCGCGUAAUUUGAGUUUGAAUUCGAUUCCUCGUUCAGAUCCAUUUACAAGAAGUGCACCCCCACCGAGGAGAGCGAGCGACGGUGCCGUCUUAUCAAGUACAAAACUGCAAUCUGAAAAAGGUAAGAAGACCAUGAAACUAUCGGAAUACCACAAAUAUCAAGAAGAGAAGAUUGCGGCUCAGUAUCACAGGUACCGGGUGAAUCCGUUGCCGAUUUCCGACGAGUCGGAGGUAAUUCCCGCACGUCCAGGGACACCUACAUUAAUUCAGAUCCAACAUGAAUAUAAAUCGUUGAAUGUACAAGGAAGUUCUUUGAGGCGUAUAAGUAUGACGGAAUCAAACUCUGGUUUUGCAAGGAAUAGUCAGCCACCUAUUAUCGGUAGGCCUGAACAACGUAGAAAUCAUUCGGAGACAACAAUAAUGCAACAACAGCUUAAUGUACCAAGAGCCCCCCAACCUCGGAGAAACACACCUUCAUGUCUACCAACACAAUUUCACAACUCAGUAACAUCUCUGUCAUCUUCAAGCUCCACCAGCGGUAGUGGUGGACCGCCAACUCCUACCAGCAAACGAUCAAGUGUAAACAUUAUUGGUAGUAGACCCGGUACCCCUUCUAUGAACGAAAAGGAUAAGAGGAAGAGGAGCACCUUGGGUUAUUGUUAA